AUGGGCACGGGGAUAGAUUCUCUUCCCGCGGAACACUUCGAAUCGGUGGAAGGACGAAGAGGUGCUGGUGGUCUUGACGACGAGGAAGACGAAGAAGACCAAGACGAUCACGCGAGACAACGCGAUUGCUUGACCGUCGGUGCUUUCAUAUCACCGUACGAUGAAUACAUAGAUUGUCGCAAAUUUUGCAAGGUGAGCGACGGCGUAGACUAUCGUUAUUACGAUCGGGUGGGCCUGAUUCUGAACGAUCGUCGCAGCCGGCCCGGAGCAUACUGCAUGCCAAAUGAUGCGGCGGUUUGUAACACCAAUCAUCUCUCGCCCUUUAUAGCAAGCAUGGCUGGCGAUUUUUUCUCUCAGGCUGUACUUCGCAAAUGGAGAAAACAACGUCCUUCAAAUGUUCCAAAAACAGUGCUUUCAAUGACUAUGACAUUACCUUUAUUACUACCAGAAAUGUUUCAAGAAGCUUUACAUAUUAUACAGACUGAAGCUGGUAAACUUUCUAAUGAGUAUCCAGAUAUUUUACAAUUUAUGUCAUAUCUAAGACUUAACUGGUCAAAAAUGGUGUCAAGAAUCAGUACUUAUUGUUGUCCUGUGCGCACUAACAACAUAGUAGAAAGUUUCCAUAAUAUUGCUACACAGAAAUUGGGUACGAUGAAUAUUAAUAUUUGGGUUUUUCUAGAGAAGUUAUCACAUUUAAUUCCUGACCAGGAAUUAGAUUUACGUCGCUUAGAAAAUGGUAUUAAACCUCGACGACCUCGCACAGGGGCAAAUAGAGAAAAUGAUUCUAAAAUGAGACAUGCGCAAGAGGAUUUAGUUAAUGAAAGGUUGUCGUUAAAAGAAUUUCUACUAAUGUUUACCAUGCACAAUAACUUUGAAAUUGAAAAAAUGGCAUCAUUUGAAGACGCAGAAUUAACAUGUGAUCUUGAAAUAACUAGUGAUGAAAAUGCAAAUAUGGAGUUGUUUUCAGAAGAUAUAGGCGAUUUCUUACAAACAGGUUUCCUUAAGUUUAUCUUCAGAUAA